CAGAUAUUUUAACAUCCUUUCCAAAACUGACCUUUUUUGUUCUGAUCUUGUUCUUCUUCUUCUUCACAAAACUUAAAGAAGUGUUUUCUUCUCUCUGUGUAGAGAGUAGUAUUUGGGUCGGAGCUGGCGAACUCAUCAUCGGAAAGCCUGGAGGAGCCCAGUAGUAAAGGGUUGGUUCUAACCCUGUAUGAAGCCCUGAGAUCUCGAGACGUUGAAACCGUUACCAAACUCUUGGCUCCCGACCUAGAGUGGUGGUUCCAUGGCCCCCCUUCCCACCAGUUUAUGAUGCGCCUCCUCACCGGCACCACUCAGCCCCAAGAACACUCCUUCGAAUUCGUCCCCCAAUCUGUCGCCGUUUUCGGAUCAACUGUUCUCGUCGAAGGCUGUCAUCCUAGCCGUUCAAUCGCCUGGAUUCACGCCUGGACCCUCACUCAUGAUGGGAUUAUUACCCAGGUCAGAGAAUACUUCAACACUUCACUGACUGUCACUCGUCUCGGUAACACAGACCAAUCCUCGCCGCCGUCCACUGAUUUCUCUUCUUCCAUCACAUCCCUCUAUUGCCCCUCCAUUUGGGAGAGCACGCUUUCGGAUCAGGUCGGGAAGUCGGUCCCUGGAUUAGUUCUUGCCAUUUAAACCGCCCGCCCGGUUUAUCUUUCUCUAUAAUUAAUUAAAUAAAUAAACCCGGUCAAACCUGAUGUUGAUGAUUGAUGGUGCUAAGAUAAGGCCGCGCGUGUUUGUUUGAUAUUUCUGUUUUAUCUUUUAAGGGCGUGUUUGGUUACUGUUUGCUAGUUUGUUUGUUUGAUGUCAUCGGUUCAGUUUGCUUUAAUGAUAAUAAUAAAUCCUUGUGAUUGGCUUA